GUCGGGUCAGAGUGGAGUCUCCUCAGGAAGUGAAGUCCACCGGCCAGGGGCGCCGACCUUGGCUCUCACGUCCUGGACUCUCACAAUGCUCACUUGUUUUCAUAGCACUGCGUCAUGAGCGGCCUUAGAAAAAGAGUAACAUUCUAGAAAACGGCAGGGUUUAUUUUUCUUCCCAAAGUGUCUUGCCUGUGGAGGGUUCCUGUGCUGAACACCACACAUGAAAGGGACUGUCUGCACUUGACACAGACGGACGCAGCACCAUGCCGAAGAGGGCGGGGAAGGGCUCCCCCUACCUGGGGGCCCUGGACGGAGGCUGGGGAUGGAUGGUCGUGCUCCACUACUUCCUGGUAAACGUGUUUGUGGUGGGGAUGACCAAGACUUUUGCCAUUUUCCUUGUGGUGUUUCAAGAAGAAUUUGAAAGCAGCGCGGAGCAGACUGUGUGGAUCGGCUCCAUCAUGGCAUCGCUGGCUUUUUCCGGAGGUCCCCUGGUUUCCAUUAUCGGGGAGAGAUUCGGAGAGAAAACUACCUCCCUUCUUGGGGCUUUUCUUGUUUCCGGUGGAUAUAUGAUCAGCAGCUGGGCUACGAGCAUCCCCUUCCUCUUGGUGACUAUGGGACUUCUACCCGGUUUGGGUUCCGCUCUCUUGUACCAAUCAGCUCUGCUGAUAAUUACCAAAUACUUCAAAAAACGAUUAGCACUUUCUACAGCCAUUGCCCGUUCAGGGAUGGGGCUGACAUUUCUCUUGGUACCUUUUGCAAGAGCCAUGAUAGAUUUGUAUGACUGGACAGGUGCCCUUGUAUUAUUUGGAGCUGUCAUGCUGAACUUGGUGCCUUCUAGUAUGCUCUUGAGACCCAUCCACGUCACCAGCGAGAACAAUUCUGACAUGACGGAUAAAGGGGGCAGUUUGUCUGCAGGUGGCCUGGAGGCAGCGUGCAGGCCAGACGCGCCCCGCUGCAGUGCAACGCCGGCGUCUCCCACCAGGGACAGUGCUCUGCAGAAGGCUGGGCCAGCCGGUGCAAGUGCAAUAGGCUCACAGGAUCAAAACGAAGAGGUCAACAAUGGGCCGAACAGGAACAGGCUGUUCCUGGUAAUGAAGGAAGAACAUUUCGAGCCAAAGGGUAUUUCAUGGAGCUGUAAACAACUCUGUGACAUGUCUCUUCUGAAGAAGCCUUUCUUCUGCAUAUUCACGUGGUCUCUUCUCUUCAGUAACUUGGCAUACGUGGUGUCCACCUUCCACCUGGUAGCCAGAGCCAAAACACUGGGAAUCGACGUCACGGACGCCUCCUACCUGGUCGCUGCUGCAGGCAUCACUGAGGCAGUCAGUCAGAUUCUCUCUGGAUGGGUUGCUGAUCAAAACUGGAUCAGAAGGUAUCAUUACCACAAGCUCUACCUGGCCCUCUGUGGCAUCGCCAACCUGCUUGCUCCUUUGGCCACCACAUUCCCACUACUCAUGACCUACACCGUCGUCUUUGCCAUUUUCUCUGGUGGUUACCUGGCACUGAUACUACCCGUGCUGGUUGAUUUGUCUGGGAACUCAGUAUGUUACAAGGUGCUGGGCCUUUCCGCCUUCUUUGCUGGGACAGCUAUUCUUUCUGGACCACCCAUGGCAGGCUGGUUGUAUGAUUACACCCGGACCUACGCCGGCUCUUUCUAUCUCUCCGGCGCGUGCUACCUCCUCGCCUCGGCCUCCCUGUUCUUUGUGCCCCUGGCUGAGCGCCGGAGGAGCAGAGCUUAGGCAGAAGGAGAGGAAUGCCAGCAAGCGCGGGCUUAGCAGGAGAAGAGCCAAAGGGGCAAGCCACCGGAAACAGAAGAAAGCCUGCGGGAAUAAGCCGCUGGAAGCAAAAGCUCAGAAGAAAAGUGUCCUCACAUGUAAAAUAAGAAAGCAAGUCAAAUAUGGAUAGUCUUUAAGGUUCCUUUUUCCUUUAGCAUUCUGUAGAGUGUCUAAUUGGUAGUACGAGAGGAGUAAUAGCAACUUAAAUUAUGCCAGCUGUUAGUAUUUAAUAGGUCACAAUUUUAAUCAGUUAAAGCAGCUACCUUAGGUAUUAAAUGAAAAUCAGAAUGUUCUAUAAUAAUAAAUUAACCAAAUUCUCAGUUGUGCUGUAGUAAUUCAGUCAAUAAAAUAUGUGAAGACAAAAAAAAAUUUUUUUCUUAAAGAAGUAUUAAAUACAGCCAAUGGUUGACCAGAACUCUGGAAUCUGAAUAUUAAAACCUUGUUUAGUAACUAUAAUGUUCCACAUCCCCCAAAAGUUUAUCUUUGCUUAUUCAUUAGAGGUUCUUUAUUUUCUCUGCAUUAUUUUGCUUUUUAAAUUUUCUGUAAUGUACAUUGCUAUAUAAAAAAUAAAUAAGAAUUGCUCAAAAAUAA